AUGCCGCGGAAGUCGUGGAAGCCGAGGGGCGGCCCCGGACGCGUCGCGCCCGCGCUGGAGCUCCAGUCGAAGGCCCUGGACCCUAACCCCAUCCCCGCCGAGGUCCCCGAGUGCUCCCGCGCCGCCGAGGUCCCGGACGACGGUGCCUCCGUGGUAGUGGAGGUGGGCCGCCUCCGCCUCGACUCCCCCGUCGCCGCUGCUGAGGAUGUUCUGGCGGAGGAUGGAAUUGUGGGGGAGCUGGUGGGGUUUGGCGGGGUGGAGACGGAGUUGAGUGAGCAGGAGCUGCGGGCUAACCAUCAGAUGCAGGAGGACGAGAUAUUUGCCUUGGAAGCAAUUUUUGGAGACAGUCUAGUCAUUUUGAACAAAACAGAAGGUCGACGGUCUUUCCAAAUUCAUGUGCAUAUUGAAAUCCCAGAUGGUAUAGAUGUGUCGGCAAGGCUCAACUAUGGUACUGGAACAUUAAAUUAUGGGGGAAUAUCUGAUGCUGAUGCCUCUGAUAAUCUUAUUUACAAGUUUAGAGUUGAGCAUUUGCCUCCAAUCCUGCUAACAUGCUACCUGCCUCCAUCAUACCCGAGUCAUCAAGCUCCCCUUUUCACUAUAUCCACCGAAUGGCUGGACAAAGUGAAGAUUUCGUCAUUAUGUCAAAUGCUGGAUAUGAUUUGGGAAGGGCAACAGGGCAUGGAAGUAAUAUACCAGUGGGUUCAAUGGCUCCAAAACUUUUCCCUUUCUCACCUAGGGUUCAGUGAUGAGAUAAUUUUAAGCAAGGGUGAUCUAACCUGUGAUGAAGAUGGUGAGGAUAAGCGUGCUUGUCUAGAUGAUUCUGCACCGGAUGUUAUAAUUCCAAGGAUUAUGAGAUACAAUGAUGAUAAGCGUCAUGAAGCCUUCUUACAAGAUAUCCAUGACUGUAUGAUUUGUUUCAGCGAGUGUGCUGGCAUCGAUUUCAUCAUACUUCCAUGCCAUCAUUUCUUUUGCCGGAAAUGCAUGCGAACAUAUUGCAAAAUUCAUGUGAAGGAAGGAUCGGUAUUGAAGUUGAAGUGUCCUGAUACAAAAUGUGAAGGUGUUGUUUCUCCUAAUGUAUUGAAAACGCUUCUGGCGGAGGAUGAGUUUGAACGUUGGGAAAAAUUGCUUCUUCAGAGAACUCUUGACGCCAUGAACGAUUUAGUUUAUUGUCCAAGGUGCGAAGCUGCUUGCUUGGAGGAUGAAAGUAAUGAUGCAGUGUGUCCAAGCUGUCUAUUCAGCUUCUGCACACUUUGUAAAUCUCACCGUCAUGUGGGAAAACAAUGUAUGACUGCAGAGGAAAGAAUUCGCGUCUUGGAGGAACGGCUAAAAUCUAGGCAACUAGACAGCGAUCAGAAUCAGUUAGAAGAAGUACGCAACCUCCAGGCAAUUAUGAGGGAUGCAAAACAGUGCCCACGAUGCAAGAUCGCUAUAUCUAAGAUAUCAGGAUGCAAUAAGAUGACCUGUUCGAACUGCGGGCAUUACUUCUGCUACCAAUGUAACUUUGCAAUUGUUGGAUAUGAUCAUUUCAGACCGGGUGCAUGUGAUCUUUUUUCUCGGGAGGAAAUGAAUAGAUGGGAAGAACAAAUGAAUCCAGAGAGAAGGGCGGGUGCUCCAGCUCCAGCUCCUGCCCCAUUGGCUGAAGGACGAUAUCGUCACCCUUGUCCUACAUGUGGCAAACCAUGUCCAAAGAUUGGAAAUAAUAACCACAUCUCGUGUACGUCAUGCCAUACACAGUUCUGUGCAUUGUGUCGGAAGACUGUCCAGAGAACUUCACAACAUUUUGGUCCCAGGGGUUGCAAACAACAUACUGCAGAUCCCGACUGACACUGCCAUAUGAUACAUGCCAGAGGCUGGUAUAACCCCUUUUUCGGGGGGAAAAACUGGCAUGUAUGCCAGUAUGGGCAGAACCUCUUCUAAUGAUCUGCAUAUAUUCAGGAUACGGCCUUGGCAUUUCCUGCAUUCUGCAGGGAGCUUGAUUUUCAAGUCCCCAGCUUCUUGUAUCGUACUAGUGAAGAUCAACCGAGAAGUACUAUCUGUACCGAGAGGAAUUAUAUCAAGAAUGUCAAUUUCUUGUUACUUGUCA